CGCAAGGAAGCUGUUGCUCAAGCUAAGCAGCAAGUGGACCUAGCAGUUGCUUCAGAAAAGGCACAACUAGAAGAUAAAAUAUCUGCGUUGAAAUUGUCAUUGGAUUCCAAAAUCAAACUGCAAGAGGUUCGUCUUGCGGAAUUGGAAUCUUCGUGCGAUGCGAAGGAGAAAGACCUUGCAGAUAAGGCAAAAUCUCGGGUACUGGAGGAAUUCCGGCAGGAGUACGACUUGCUGAAGGAAGAUUUGGCGAAGAAGGACAAGGUUUCUGCAGAAUUGCAGGAAAAAUUGUGCGAAGUCACGAAUGCUUUGAAGGAAUCGCAAGAAAAAUUUUCUGUUCAGAGCGAACGUUUUCAGGCGCUCGAAGAAGCACAGAAAAGAAGUGAGGAAUCGUUGAAAUCGAAGCAUCACGCCACCGGCAGAGAAACAGAGCUCUUGAGUCUGAAAAUCGCGAAUCUAGAAGAAUCUCGCGCUGGUUUGGAGAAUGAUUUAUCCUCGGUGACUCAAAAAUACGAACGCCUCAAGUCUGCGCUUCGAGAAGCCAGGGACCGGAAAAGAGUUCGAGAUCAAGCAGCGAGUAGACGAAUGGAGUCUGAAGAUGAUUUCGAUCUGAGUUCGAAUCUAUCCCGAUCACUUUCCUGGGAGCGCGAGGCUGACCAACGAGAUCGAAGGACGAAGCCCCGGGUUAACGCUGGUCCAGGUGUUGAAAAUCGCAAUACUCGUGUUCGUCAUCAGUCUGUUGAUGCAAACGAACGGAAUCAACAUCGCGAGAAGGACAAAACCGGAGAACGGCGUGACGUGCGUGCUGGUGGGAAUGUGUCGGCGAAACAACUUGCGGAUUUGUUGAAGGCGGAGCUGAAGAAAAUGCCGCGAGACGGAAGAACAGUGCUAUCUCAAAAAACGGGAAAACUAGUCGCCAGGGUGGACAAGCUGUCUCGCGAAUUCGCGCUUCGAUCGCCGGGUGAUGAUCUUCAAGCCCUGAUGAGUUCGCCUCUCCCUCUACGCCAUCAGCUAAUGCCAUCGGUCAGCUUCGGUACCACUGGUCCUGUGACCAGAGGAACCAACAACAGUCUUUGUAGACGGAUUGCAGAACACCAAGCCUGGUUGGACAGGGUCACGUCAGUCCGGAAUAUCGAGUCAUGA